UCUUAAAGCUGCCGUUAAGCCUUUGCUCUCUACUCGGAUCGUGAGACGAGCGAACUACAUUACCCAUGAUCCAAUUACGGGUUUACAUUUUUUUAAAAGCUAAACUAAUAAUAACUAAUAACUUUUAAAUGAAGCAGUAAACUUAAUCAUACGAGUAACAUUUAAACUGUAGUACUUUUAUCUUUCUGUUUUUGGACUUUAAUCGGCGUCCUCCACUUUGCCAAACUCCAACCGCCAUCCUUGUCACGUCAUGACGGAUACAUGCCGGGAGUUGUAGUUCUUAACGCUGCCACUUAUUCUCGCGGUGACGUUAGUGAACUACACUACCCAUGCACCCGUGCGCGUUUUCUUCCUCCUCUGCUUCCUGCCUGUAGCCUCGGCCCUUCUGCCGUGAAAAAGGAAGAUGAGAAGCAGCGGCCCACCGACACCGAACCGAGCCGAACUUCCAGCGGAAUGGCGGCAGAGCGGCUGCUAACGGACCGGAGCCCGAGCUCAGCUGCCGUUACGCGGCCUUGAAGACAACGCGACCGCCUCUGGAGCUCCGGAGCCUGGAGGAGGAGGAGGUGCAGCCUUCCGAUCCGAGCCGGGCCGGGUCGGACCGGACCGAGUCCCGGUGAGCCGAACCGAGCGGAGCCGCCGCCAUCUCCCGUCCCUGCUGACGAUGUUCAUCGGGCUGCGGGACUGAAUCCUCCACAGCACCGGACCUGAAACCACCCCCGAACCCUCCCUGACCGGCCCCAGCUCCAGAGUCCCUGCAGGCUGCAGCAUGGAUCGCUCCGGCAGCAUCCAGCUGGACAUCCCGGACUUCAGCAACUCGGUUCUUUCCCACCUGAACCAGCUGCGAGUUCAGGGUCGUCUCUGCGACAUCGUGGUCAACGUCCAGGGCCAGAGCUUCCGAGCGCACAAGGUGGUCCUCGCCGCCAGCUCGCCGUACUUCCGGGACCACAUGUCUCUGAGCCAGAUGAGCACCGUGUCGCUGACCGUGAUCCGAAACCCGUCGGUGUUCGAGCAGCUGCUGUCGUUCUGCUACACCGGGCGCCUCUGCCUGCAGCUCGCCGACAUCAUCAGCUACCUGACGGCCGCCAGCUUCCUGCAGAUGCAGCACAUCAUCGACCGCUGCACCCAGAUCCUGGAGGGCAUCCACCUGAAGAUCAGCCUGGCGGACCUGGACGAGGAGUCCAGGGAUGAGGAGUCGGCGCGAGGACCGAGGGGCACCACCCGGACCCUGGAGGCGGUGGUCCGGGGGGGUCAUCACGCUGGUCUACGGCUCAUCGGUUCACGGGGGGCGGGGGAGGCGAGCGAGGCCAUCAGCCCGGCGGAGGAGAGGCUCAGCCCGAUGCCGACGUCCGGUCUGGGGGUACCGGGCGCCACCGGCAGCAGCAGAGCGGGACCAGGUAAGGAGCCCAUCCUGCGCAUCAACCGGGCCGGUCAGUGGUACGUGGAGACGAGCAGCGAGCCGGAUCGACCCGGCAGCGCCGAGGAAGGCAGCAGCGUGGACGGCGUCCGGAUCAAGACCGAGCGGAUGGAGGAGUGGAUCGGAGCAGGGGAGCACCAGGAGGAAGGGGGGCCGGUGGAGGAGGGCGCCACCGUGAUGAUCGACACGUCGGGGCGAAGUACUCUGGUGACGGGGCCGGUGGGGGUACCAGGGGCCCGCGGGAUCCAACCAUCCUCCAGCUUCAGUGAAACCGACAGGUUCAGUCCCACCGGCAGCGUCGUCGUCCUCACUGAGCGUCAGAGGGCGAAGAGCGAGUCUCCGAACCGGGCGGACGAUCUGCGACAGCCGGGCUCACAGGGGGAGGAGCACACGGCCUUCGAUAUGGGCGGUUACGAGGAUUACCUGAGGGAGCAGGUGGGAGACCGCUGGUUCCGCUACAACCCCCGUCUGACCUGCAUCUACUGCUGCAAGUCCUUCAACCAGAAAGGCAGCCUGGACCGCCACAUGCGCCUGCACAUGGGCAUCACGCCGUUCGUCUGCCGCAUCUGUGGUAAGAAGUACACCCGCAAAGACCAGCUGGAGUACCACAUCCGCAAGCACACGGGCAACAAGCCCUUCCACUGCCACGUCUGUGGGAAGAGCUUCCCCUUCCAGGCCAUCCUCAACCAGCACUUCCGCAAGAACCACCCGGGCUGCGCCCCCCAAGAGGCCCACAGCGCCUCGCCCGAGACCACCACCGCCUCCGUCACGUCCAGGGGCGGCCCGAGCGACGAGGCCUCCCCGAGCCAGGAGGAGUCUGAGGGCGGAGGGGGGGCCAGCGGCGGCGGGAGCAGCAGUGGAGGCCAGUACGGAGAAGGUCCCCAAGCCUCGGUAUCCACCACGGGACCCGACUGACCCCGGGGCCGGGAGGAGGUCGCCGACGUGGAGGGCCGGCGUGAUCCCGUUGCGCCUGAAACCAACGGGACGCCGAAAGCCGCUGGAGUCAAAAGACGCCUCAGAGUCCGAACUGAGAUUUUUUUCCGCUUUAAACCGCAU